AUGUCAAUCCACGUCUUCCACGUCUUUUCUCUUCCUGAACAGUUCGGCAGAUUGUACGACAUGUACCCUCAAUACUUUCAGCAAAUCCGUUUUUUGCUCAUCGUCAUCAAAGGCCGGACCAUCGAUUUCAUCAAGUCCUACGAUCCUUGGAACUGCAAGACUCUCGAAUCAAUCACCAUUGCCAUCAUCCUAGUACUGCUUUUCGUCAUCCGUUUCUGGACCACGUCUCCUUCCUGCCUACUCACGAAGGACUCCCAACGUGCCCGCACGGCCCUCCAGGCUCUCCAAACUGUCAUCGUCCCAAGCUGUUCUCUCUGGCCCGCGCGCUACAUCAAGCUCGUCAAAUAUGCCUCCAAUCAUCGCACCGGAUCUAGAAUCGUUGUCCCUUUAGGCAUGCUCCUGCAAGACGUCUGCGAUGGCGUCAUCGAGCUUCGCGAUCCUCUAUACGAUCUCGAGGACCUGAUAGAUCAGGGAGUUCGUGCGUAUGGCUGUUCUGUCAGUCUGAAAGUUGAGUGGAAGUGGUGGGUGGAAUGGCUAGAUCUAAUGGCGCGUUUACGACGCGGAGACGUCUCAGCACCUCCACCCUCCACCGAUUAUGGGACCAUCAUCGACCUCAACAACCAUCCACUCACGCACUUGGCUACUAUACGGCUCCCUCAAGGUUCCCGCACCACUUUGGAGUUCACCUCCCUCUCCAACCAUAUCCCUUUCCUCAGUACGAAGCAUAUCUUCUGCGUAAUCCCUUUCCUAGCCCACCGUCUCCCCCACCGCCUGUCUGAUGUCCUCGCAACAAUAAACGACACUCCACAGUUCAAACUAUCAACCCUCACCAACACAUCAGCAGUAUACGCUGAUGCGCUCGCUGCACUAUCAACCAAGAUUACAUACGAUCCUCUAGCAAGACAACAGUGCGUCGACGCACUGAGCGUCAAGGGAUGGCGUAAACGGAGGCUAAUGCUCGAGUUCGAGGCCGCUCUCGUGCUGAGGGGUUGGCUAGAACGCUGGAACCUGGUCUUGGAGGCUCGUUGAUUAUUCGUGUACUUGCCGCGUUUGUUUCUUCCUCUCAGUCACUCUUGUAUCUCUAUUUUUUGUCGCUUCACGCAC